GACGGGCCUGCUUUUUGGAACAUUUUCUAGAAUUUUUUGCUCACCGCUUUUUUCCCCCGCAGGAGUUAAAACCCACUACGGGUGUGUAUUCUUGUGCUCGGGCACUAAGGUUCACGGUUGCAGCACAAAGAUGGAGUCCUCCGCAGAGUUGAAGCUUGGCAAGAAGCUGAAUGAGGGCAAGACGAAAGAGGUGUAUGAGUUGCCAGAUCACCCUGGCUGUGUAUUGAUGCAGUCAAAGGACCAGAUCACAGCAGGAAAUGCAGCCAGGAAGGAUCACAUGGAGGGAAAAGCAUCCAUCUCUAAUAAGACCACAAGCUGUGUUUUCAAGCUCCUGCAGGAGGCUGGCAUCAAGACUGCUUUUGUCAGGAAGUGCAGUGAAACUGGUUUCAUUGCUACACAUUGUGAGAUGAUCCCUAUUGAAUGGGUGUGCAGGAGAAUUGCCACAGGCUCAUUCCUUAAAAGAAACCCUGGCGUCAAGGAGGGCUACAAGUUUUAUCCUCCCAAAGUAGAGAUUUUUUUUAAGGACGAUGCUAAUAAUGAUCCUCAGUGGUCUGAGGAGCAACUGAUUGCUGCAAAGCUCAACUGUGCAGGACUGGUGAUUGGCCAAGCAGAGGUAGAUAUAAUGAAUCACUCUACAGUGGCCAUCUUUGAGAUUCUAGAGAAGGCUUGGUUAACCCAGGACUGCACACUAGUAGAUAUGAAGAUUGAGUUUGGGGUUGAUGUGACCAAAAAGGAGAUUGUCCUUGCUGAUGUUAUCGACAAUGAUUCUUGGCGUCUUUGGCCAUCGGGAGAUAAGACUCAACAGAAGGAUAAACAAACUUAUCGGGACCUAAAAGAAAUAACACCUGAGGCAAUGCAAGUGGUGAAAAGGAACUUUGAAUGGGUUGCGGACAGAGUGGAGCUUCUGCUUACCUCUUCAAGUCAAGAAAGAGUCGUUGUCCUGAUGGGAUCCAUUUCUGAUCUUGUACAUUGUGAAAAAAUUAAAAAAUCCUGUGCAAUCUACGGCAUACCCUGUGAGCUGAGGGUAACAUCCGCGCACAAAGGCCCAGAUGAGACUCUGCGUAUCAAGUCAGAGUAUGAAGGUGAUGGCAUUCCUACUGUCUUCAUUGCAGUGGCUGGGCGAAGCAAUGGCUUAGGGCCUGUUAUGUCUGGAAACACUGCUUAUCCUGUUAUUAACUGCCCCCCUCUCACUGCAGAUUGGGGAGCACAAGAUGUCUGGUCUUCACUUAGAAUGCCCAGCGGUCUUGGCUGCUCUACUGUGCUAUCUCCAGAAGCAGCAGCUCAAUUUGCUGCUCAGAUUUUCGGCUUAAGCAACCAUUUGGUGUGGUCUAAACUGCGCUCCUGCACACUGAACACCUGGAUCUCUCUCAAACAAGCAGACACAAAGCUGAGAGAGUGCAGUGUAUAAUAUCUGGCAUGUGCUGCUGCUUGUCAAAUAUCCCAUUUCAAUAAAAGCAAUGUUUUUUUGUUUAAA